AUGCCUCCCAAACCGGCCACUCGACGACCUGCCGCCAGACGAACAGAUCGGGCUGAAGGCAGUGCCCCAGCUCCCGCCGACGCACCUUCUACUCAAAAUGGACCCGCGGAGGGUCGCGCGACGCCCGCGCAGAGCGCAACCUCUACCACCCGACAACCCGUGCAGCGAUUACAAUCCUUGAAGAAGCGCGAGUCUUCCGGAAGCAUUCCAGCGACUGGCCGGUCGAUCUCGAAUCUGCCCGGCGAGCCGGCGAAACCUGUCCUCAAGUACCAGCCGAAGAAAGGCGUGCAGCGGCGCAGCAAGGAAGAUCGAGAUGCCAUGGCGAAGCUGGAGCAGGAGCGGCAUAAUGAGCGGUUGAAGGAGGCGGCUGCUAUUCAGCGCGGCCGGGGAGGUGGUCGGGGGCGCGGGGCUUUUCGUGGUCGGGGCGGGCCUCAAGGCGGAUUUGGGCCUCAGGGUGGCGCGAGGAGAGGGCGUGGUGGGAGUACGUUUGGACCGCGCUCUUACGACCGGUCUCAGACUCGCUCUGUCUUCAGCGCGGGGGCUGGUGCUGGUUCUGGUGUUGGUGCUGGUGGCAGACCCGCUGCAGAUGAUUACUACUACGACUCGGAUGAUGAUGGUGAGAGCGGGAUCCGCAUUGCGGUUGAUCAGAUCGGUCUUUCGGAUGACUCGGACUCGGACUUGCCCAAGGAUGUCAAGGGCAAGUUGCCUGCGCGUAGCAGGGACCCGGAACUCCGGGGCCUGAAGCCCGUUCGUGUGCAGCGACUUGAGCACGAGGAGCGGACUAUUUCCGUGAAUAUGGAGUCUAGUACGGCGCGGACGGACGAGCUGCGCAAGAAGGCCGAGAAAGAGGCCAAGAUUGCGCAAGGUGUGUCGGUUACCCCGGAACAAGAGGAGGAACCUCGUGUCAAGGCCGAGCCCGUCGAUGAGGAUACCCCAAUGGCAGAUGUGGUGCCGGUAGAGGAUGAUGGAUUCCUCCCCCAACAAAAGGUGCGCGUGCGGAGGAAGGUCUCGGAUCCCCAAUCCUCCCCCGUGAAACCAAAAGCUAAGGCUCCAGAGCCCCAAAAGGUCAAAGAGGUCAAACGUGACCCGCGAGAACUCCUCCGCACCAGGGAGGAGAUUGAUGAAUACGACCGUCACCUGGAUGAUUUGGCCCAUGUGCGCGAACUCUUCCGCGAGGACGAGCCAGACAAGAGCCCAGAAUCACAGUCGACUGAAACACCAACUCUUGAACCCACCACCGAGAAGACCCCUGCUACCGAGGAGGACACUGAUACUGCUACGGAGGGACAAGAUGAGACCGAAAAGCAAGAAGCGGAAGAAGAGGAUAAAACCCCGAAGAACCUCGUGGGCCAGCUCUUCCUCAUGCAAUUCCCACCCAUGACGCCCAACCUCAUAGUUUCCGGUUCUGAAGACCCCCCCGGCUGUAGAGCCGGCUGCAGAGCCAGCCACAGAGCCAGCCCCGGGUGCAAACGACACACAAAAUGA